GUUAUAACGUCUGAUAAAUGUACAUUGUAAAUUCGGGGUUCGAACAUGGACGCUUUAGUUUACUGUCCAGAUCAGUCAACUGUUUAACAACUGCGACACCGACACGAUAGCCUUUAUAUGGGCCAAUUUAUAUAAAUAUAAUCUGUAUAAUCUAUAUUAUAUCGUAAACAUGAAUGCAAAAACGCACACUAAUAAAAGCAAGACUAUAUAGCAGUUCAUGUUAAUCUUUAGUCGUAGUGUAAUUAAGAGAUCAGUACGAUUACAGUCGCGUUGCAAGAUCUGUCUUGUUAAAGUGCAAAUAUUCGAAUUAUUAAAAAAAUACGCUCAGCUAGUGAUUAUCAAAGUAAAGGGAGGCAUUGAAAGAAUCGAACAACAAAAAUGAAGUAUCACAAACACGCCAGUGAUGCCGUGUUUUGGUAUCUCAACGAGUUGGGGAGUCGAGUGGUCGCUAAAACUGGUAUACCCUCAGACAGACAUCACAUCGGCAAACUUAUCCUGCAGAGCCUUAAAGAUGCUCCCGACUUCGUUAUGCAGAUUGACGGUGGUACCGGUGAUAUAGACACAUUUCAAGAUGCACUAGAAAAAUCAGUUGGAUGCGCGAAUGCUUUCCGAACGAUAGGAUUGAAAGCUGAUGACGUCAUACUUGUAAUGGCACCUAACUUUACGAACCUAACCAUAUCUAUUUACGCUGCUUUCUACUUAGGAAUAAUAGUGGCCGGUGUUGACAGUACGCUUGGAAUCAUGGAAUUGGAAGAAACAUUUAAAUUAAGAUUACCAAAAGUAAUAUUCUGUGGAAGCGAAAGAGAAGAAGAUGUUGCCGAAGCAUUGAGGAACAUAAAAUUGGACGUUAGAAUUGUGACUUACAAUAAAAGUGAAAAUAAUAUGAGCUUUGUAGAGUUCGUUGAAAAAUAUGGCAGCAGCACAACAGUGGAUGAAUUCAAACCUGCAGAAAUUGAUCCAGUGGAGCAACUAUGUUUACUUGUUUCUACAAGUGGUACGACUGGAACACCAAAAUGUGCUGCACUGACACACAAAAACUUAAUGAUUGGUGUACCUUAUAUUUGGGUAUAUACUUCUAAUUUUCCCAAACCAAUAGAGAGAGCAUUAAUUGUGUCUCCAGUGCAAUGGCUCUCUGCAACAUUUAGUUUCAUUCUAUCUCCAAUGUUGAGAUUUACUCGAAUACAAACAUCUCUACCUCUAACGAUCGAACAUACUUAUUUCCUAAUCAACAAGUAUAAGCCUUCAUAUAUGAUGCUUAGUCCCACAUUGAUGACAACCCUGUUAAAUCCUUUAGAAAGAAAUAAAUGUGACUUUACUAGUUUCAAGGUCAUAAUGUUGGCAGGAAGCGCAGUAACACAGACACUUCUAGAAGACUUAAAGAACUUCGUAAUGAAUGCGGAAGUAUACAUAGGUUACGGAUUAAGUGAAGUAACAAGCUUCGCUUUGGACCCCGUCAGUGCCUAUCCUGGAUCUAUAGGCAGACCGUUGAAACAUUUUCAAUACAGGUUAGUGGAUCCAAAUACCCAGGAAGAUAUCCUGGAACCUAAUGUAACUGGGGAGCUUUGGUUGAAAGGGCCAUCCUCUUUUAAGGGUUACUACAACAAUCCUCAAGCGACAGCUGAAAUAUACACAGAAGAUGGUUGGAUAAAGUCAGGAGACCUUCUAUACAGAGACGAGAAUUGGAACUUCUAUUAUAUUGAGCGUCUGAAGAUGCUCCUCAAAUAUCGCAAUCAUCACAUAUCGCCUACAGAAGUAGAAUCAGUGAUUAACAAGCAUCCAGGUGUCCUGCACGUAGCGGUCACGGGGAUCCCGGACGAUGAAUGUGGGGACUUGGCCGUCGCUUGCGUCGUGCCCCAUCAUAACAUAAAAGUCACCGCACAGGAGAUCAAGGAUCUAGUUAAAGAAUCAUUAACGGACACGAAACAGCUGAGAGGAGGAGUUAUUUUCAUGGAACAACUUCCUUUGACUUCAACUUCAAAAGUGAACAGAGCCGUGCUGAAGAAGAUUGUUAGAGAUAUGAAGGGGGAAUAGACAAUUCAAAAUAAACCAAGAGAAGAAGGAUUAAAUAAUUAUUUUUAC